CUUGACUGAUCGCGCCAAUAUGUCACUGUGACUUUAAGAGGAAGACGAGCAGAUCGAGCCCUCCCCUCCCUGCCGGGGAUUGGAGCUUCUCGGUCAAGCCCGGAGACUCCUGCAGUCUGCAGCGCGCAGUCCGGAGCCGGGAAUCCUACAGACGAGCGCUGCCUCUAUCAGGACCUCAGCACUUCUAGGACACAGGACCGGCACCCCGUACAUUCUGGAGCUGUUCUUUCUCCUGCUUGUCUAUAACUAUGGGAUGACCUUCCACAUUGGGCUUUACUAUACUUUUUUAGGGGGGGUUUACCAGCAAACACGUGGCUAUAGGAUAUGCACCUGCCAUCCAAGUGCCGCUAUCCCACUUGCCGAGUGAUUGAGGGGACGAUGCGCGCCCGGACACUAAGAACAGGCAAAGUAGCCAUGUGAUUUAUGUCAUUUCUCAGGGACAAGGGCCAGUAUUUACCGCUGCCAUGGGAUAUACAGGGAGCGGGCUGUAAAUGAGUUCCCUCCUGCCAAACAAAAGCCGUCUGACCUGUCAGAGAUUUAUCGCAGUCGCAGGGAGACACUUCUCAUACAAAGUUACGAGACAUGAAAUUGACUGAGUGUUGGGAAGUCGGGGGAGGAAUGAAGCCUGUUCCACUUCCACACUAACGAGCUACUUUGUGGCUGUAGCUUCCGACACCGGCUUGGCAACUUUAUGGGAUUGAUCCGAUACUGCUGCUGCUGCUGCGACUGAUGCGCGUUGGAAAGACACUGCAGACUCUGGGAAAUCCAGUGAAAAAUGAAGCCUCCAGUAUUUCUGGCUCUUUUGAUCUGCUCAAUAGUAAGUGCUGACGUGAAGCUCGUGUCAAAAAGAAAUUCAGUGGACGGUUGCAUUGACUGGUCAGUGGACUUAAAGAAAUACAUGGCGUUGGCAGGGGAACCUGUGAGAGUGAAAUGUGCCCUCUUCUACAGUUAUAUCAGGACUAAUUAUAGCAUGGCUCAGAAUGCUGGUCUCAGGCUCAUGUGGUACAAAACCAAAGGAGAUCUGGAAGAACCAAUCAUAUUUUCUGUUGUGAGAAUGAGCAAGGAUGAUGAUUCCAUAUGGGUGCAUACAUCAGAAGUGCAAGACAGUGGACUGUACACCUGUGUUCUGAGAAAUGCCACUUACUGCAUGAAAGUGUCCAUGUCCCUAACAGUGGCUGAAAACGAGAUGGGUCUCUGUUACAACAGUACAAUCCGAUAUCUGGAGAAAGCAGAAGUUACAAAAAAGAAACUAAUAAUAUGUCCAGAUAUAGAUGAUUAUAGGGUGCCAAAUGAAGACAUAGAGGUGGCAUGGUACAAGGAAUGUAAGCCAAAGAAGUGGCGAAGCUUGAUUAUUCAGAAGGGAAAUAGUCUAUUGAUACAAGACGUUCAAAAAGAAGAUGGGGGAAACUAUACUUGUGAACUUAAAUAUGAAGGCAGAUUAAUCAGACGGACAAUUCAAUUAAAAGUAACAGCUUUAGUCACUACGAAGCCUCCCAAGCCAUUGUUCCCUGUGGAGAACCAGCCAAGUGUUAUAGAUGUCCAGCUGGGUAGUCCACUCAGUGUAUUCUGCAGAGCAUUUUUUGGCUUUAGUGGGGAGUCUGGACCGAUGAUCUACUGGAUGAGGGGAGAGAAAUUUAUUGAAGAACUGGAAAAUCACAUUAAAGAGGGAGUUAUUAGGCUACUGAAAGAGUAUCUUGGAGAAAAAGAAGUGGAGCUGGCACUAACGUUUGAUACUGUGCAGGAAGCAGAUCUUGGUAACUAUACUUGCCAUGUAGAAAAUCGCAAUGGACGCAAACAAGCCAGCAUCAUCCUGCGAAAAAAGGAUUUAAAGUACAACAUUGAACUAGCCGGAGGACUGGGUGCUAUUCUACUUGUGUUUAUCGUGCUUGUCUCUAUUUAUAAAUGCUACAACAUAGAGCUAAUGCUCUUCUACAGACAGAACUUUGGAAGUGAUGAAGCUUCAGAAGACAACAAAGAAUAUGAUGCCUAUCUUUCCUAUACCAAAGUGGAUCCAGAUUCAUUAGAUAAUGAAAGCAAGGAGGAGGAGCAAUUUGCACUAGAAAUCCUUCCGGAUAUUCUGGAGAAACACUAUGGAUACAAACUCUUUAUUCCUGAAAGAGAUAUGAUCCCAAGUCCAACUUACCUGGAGGAUCUUGCCCGAUGCGUUGAGCAAAGUCGUCGAUUAAUCAUUGUCCUGACACCAGACUACGUGAUCAGGAGAGGAUGGAGUAUCUUUGUGCUGGAUAGCCGGCUUCAUAAUAUGCUGACCAGCGGAGAAAUCAAAGUUAUAUUCAUAGAAUGCACUAACUUGAGGAGCAAAGUGAACUAUCAAGAAGUGGAAUCCUUAAAGCAUGCCAUCAAACACCAGUCGUUAAUCAAAUGGGUUGGUCCUAAGAGCAGCAAGAUGAAUUCAAAGUUUUGGAAGCGCCUAGUCUAUGAAAUGCCCUCAAAAAAGCGAGAGGUGUUAUCACGACAGCAUGUCCUGGAUAGUGGGGAGCAGUCUCUGUUUGGAGAUCUACAGACUGUACCUUCCAUUGCUGUUACAGGGAAUUCUGGCACAUUGGCACCACCUCAGAUUGAUUUGUCUGGUUUCCAUCGUGCAGAUUCAUUGCAAAUGAGACAUUUCUGCAGAGCUUAUGAAUAUGAAAAGCCAACGCCACCUUUGCCAGAUGCGACCCUAGGCAAUCACCACACAUACUGCAACAUACCUUUAACCCUGCUCAAUGGCCAGCAGACUCACAAUAGUGUAGCAAAGGAACAGCAGGGUUUCCAUGGGAACAGCACAUUAAUACCAUUAUCAUCAAGAGAGCUAAGCUUCACCAGCGAUAUCUGGUAAAAAAAAACAACAACAAAAACCAUUUUAAAUUUGCUGCUGUACAUCUUCAAUGCGGUUUCUUUCUUGCCAGACUUUUAAACUUUUCCCACAGGGGUGCCGAAUGGAGCUUUCAAGCCUUGGCACAUUUACUCAGUUUUGUACUUGAACAUUUUGUUUACAUUUACAGGAUAUUGAUAUUACGGAUCCUGCUUUUUUAGUUCCGACAUAGUUCAAAAAAUAAUAAUAAAAAAAAAGACCUUCAAUGUAAAGUUUUAUUGCUUUGUUGUUAAACAGAAAAAAAAAAAUGACUGUACAAUAUAACUAUUUUAGAUUAGAUGUAACGGGUUGAAGUGUGGUAUAAGAAGACAGAAUAUUUAUAUUUACAUCUAUAUAUAUAUAUAUGUUUAAAAAUACAUUUCAGUACAUUUCAGAGGGGGAGAAUUAUGCAAAUGUCUGGAAAAAAAGCAACUUUUGUAAAGAAAGAAUUGUGAGAUGUAGUUAAGGAUUAAAGCACCUCUGACUGUCACUUCUAAAUAAAGUUUUAGCCAAUGACAUGCACAAUGACUGCAAAUGUUCGUGUAACCCUGAAUGCUAGGGGAUAUAAUUGAAAGUAUUCCUGGGCCUUGUGUAGGUAAUGCUGCACAUCAGCAUUAUGUUUGUAAAGCACAACAUUGUUUUACUUGAUUUGUACCAACUAACUCUUAUUUUCUUAUCCUACACACAGUAUGGAAACACAUUGUUCACCAUUUUGUCCCCUUAUUAAACCCUAAUAUAUCAAUGAUAUCUCUUUAUUCUGUUAUUCUAAGACACUUUGCUUGUAUACCAUUGAGGUGUGGUUAUUUGGCAUGAAUCACUAAAGUCACAGCAAUGAUACACCAAGCCAGCAAUAGAACUGAGAAUAACUGAGCAAUACUCCAACACCUCCAGUGCUGAUGUCUUCAGGGCUGUUGACUGAUACAACAAUUGCAAUGAUAAUCACCUGCCAGUGCAUCUACUCUGUUCCUCUCAAGUUCAGGUAAAAGUUCCUUGUGCCAUAUGGAAGCUCUACGUGCAGAGACAGGACUUUCCUUUUCAGUGUAAAAGUUGCACUCUUCAUGAUUUUGCUGUCACAUUGAUGCCUGGGCUGAUGAGACUUAAGUGAGCCAGAAACAAAUCAGUUUUCCAAUAAAGGUGUCACCUUAACUAAAA